CGAACGCGGGUCCGCUGGCGUCAGUCAUACCCUGAGUGUGUUCGGCGCGUGUCCAUACAACAGUCGAUUUUUAGCGGAAUAUAAUUCGCCAUACAAACCACCUACCUAUUAUAUCAUAUUAGAUAUUAUAUAAUAUCUUAUAUUAUUACCGUCGCAUUUUUACCCCUUCAAACUCUCGUCCGUUCCGUUAUCGAUUAUUUUCUUUGCACACGCUAAAAUAUAAAUGGCACACAACACUGGCGUCAAGCGAGACAUCCCUAUCAAGUUGGGCGACUUCAGUGUGAUCGACUCUGAAUUCAGCAACAUCCGCGAGCGUUUUGACGCUGAAAUGCGAAAAAUGGAAGACGAGAUGACCAAGUUUCGUUCCGAACUCAUGAACAAAGAGUCGAACUUCUUCAAGACCACGUCCAAGACAUCACACGUGGAAGAAAAGUCCUUCUCUCAGAACACAAUCUCGUCGAACCACAGCGAUUUGCCAGCUAGCCGACUAACUGGGGCUGCGCCUAGCGGUUGGGUUGAAAGCAUCAAUUCGCCGUUGAUUCAAGAGGAUGGCGACAACAAAAUGUUGAAACUCAGAUUCGACGUCAGUCAAUACGAACCCGAGGAAAUCGUCGUCAAAACAGUCGACAACAAACUAUUGGUACAUGCCAAGCAUGAAGAAAAAUCAGAUUCAAAAUCGGUGUACAGGGAAUACAACCGGGAAUUCUUACUUCCAAAAGGUACCAAUCCGGAAGCGAUCAAAUCAUCUCUUAGCAAAGACGGCGUGUUAACUGUUGAAGCACCGUUGCCUGCUUUAGGAGGGCCUGAUAAAUUGAUUCCAAUCUCGCAUCAUUAAUUGUUUUUCUAUCUAGUGAACCACUUUUAGAAUGCAUAAACGUUUUAAUUUUAAUUUUAAUAUCUUAAUUUUUAAUUAAUUAAUUUUUGAAAAAAAUAAUGUUGUUUUUAAUUCCCUUCAAUAAGUCAUUAUGAUUUUUUGUUUCCAAUGUUUAAAAAAAAACCAUACAAUAUUAUUUAUAUAUAUAUAUAUAUAUAUAUGUUAUCUAUAUAAACAACGUUAAAAUUACAUGUUUUAUUAUAGAGCUUUAUACAACGCGAUCACGUUGCACACCAUAAUAAUAUUUGUCAAAACAUAAUUUACGCUAGUUCCUACAAUAAUUGUUUCUGUAAUCACUGCAUUAAAGAUUGAAUAUAUUUUUAUACACAUAAUAAUAUAAUAUAUUUAGCUAAGUACACAACUUUAUAUUAUAUCUUAUACAAUAAUAUAUUAUAUUUCCAUGAUAAUAAAAGAAGAAAAUAGGUGCAAUUAAUUGGCUAAUGUUCAUUAACAUAUUAUAUAAAUAUAUAUUAUAUUCCGUUCGAUUGAGAAAACAAACAAAAAUUGUAUUUUAAUAAUUAUUACUACAUUUUUAUUGUUAUAAUUAUCUAUACUAAUAUAAAUUAUUUGCCUUUUUU